AUGAAGACGACCUUCAUCUUUUUCCUGGUUGCCGCCUUAGCCAUGCUGGCUGUUUUCCAGCAGUCAGUGGACGCUCAAGAAACUGCAGUUGAUCCAAUUCCCGAAGAUAUCGCUAUUCGUGGUCAAAACAACCCAGCUGAAGGUUCGGAGGACAUCGCUGUUGAGGAACCAGUACGAGGCAAUGGCAAAGGCCAGGGCAAAGGAAGAGGCCACGGCAAGGGACAUGGCAAGGGACAAGACAAGGAAAAACGAGGCGGCAAGGGCAAAGGUCAAGGAAAGGGUCAAGAAAAGGGCCAAGGAAAGGGAAAAGGUAACAAGGGAGGCAAGGGCAACAAGUCUAGUGGAAGCUCGGAAGAGAAUUAA